UGGGAGGGGAGGGGGAGGGAGAGGGAGGCACGUGCGAUUCUUCUUCCGUUCACGCCCACGGCACGUGAGCGCUCGUUGGCUUUCCGUUUCUUCUUCUUCUGCUUCUUGUGUAACGAAAAGGGAAGGGGAGAGUGAACCAGAAACGGGGCAGGAAAGACGAGGGGGAAGGAGCGAGGGCUGUGAGCCGCGGACCUGCUCCGCCGGCGCUCCAGUUUUGUCUGGAGGAAGCUGAAAGAGGAAGAGAAGGAUGCCUUCUUACAAUCGGUUGCCCAACGGGGGGUACGCGUCGUCGCCGUCUCCGCCCGCGUCGCCGCUGCGUUCACCUCGGUUUCGGCACGGGAAGGCACGGGGCGGGCGGUUUCCGCCAGCGGGAGGGGGGCUCAGGGGAGUCGUUCAGCGGGCCACGUGGAUUGUACUAUCUGUGCUCCUCCGCAGGCAGGCCGUCUUCCUUUUCGCGCCCAUCAUCUAUAUCGCGAUCAUGCUCUACUACAUGAGCUCCGUGGUGCCGAGCAUCUCCGACUCGCCGGUGCCCGGCUCGGUCUACCGUAGCCACGAGCUCUUUGCGAACGUCCGGCACGAUAUGAAUGCGGAUACCUCCAGCUCCGAUGUGUUAGGAUCCAUAUGGCGACAACCUUAUAGAGGUGGUGAAUGGAAGCCUUGUGUAAACUUGACUGCUGAAGGAGAUUUACCAGAUUCCAAUGGUUUCAUCUAUGUGGAGGCAAAUGGUGGCUUGAAUCAGCAACGCACAUCGAUAUGCAAUGCAGUUGCUGUAGCAGGAUAUCUGAAUGCCACUCUUGUAGUCCCCAAUUUUCACUUUCACAGUGUCUGGAGGGAUCCAAGUAAAUUUAGCGACAUCUAUGACGAAGAACAUUUUAUUAGAACACUCAGAGGCACUGUGAGGGUGGUUAAUAAGCUGCCUGAGUAUAUAAUGGACCGGUAUGACCACAACAUGAGCAAAGUCUUUAAUUUUAGAAUCAAGGCGUGGUCAUCCAUUCAAUACUAUAAGGAUGUGGUUCUCCCGAAGCUACUUGAGGAAAAGCUUAUAAGGAUCUCUCCUUUUGCAAAUCGGUUGUCAGUGGAUGCCCCAUCACUUGUUCAAAAGCUCAGAUGCUUGGCCAAUUAUGAAGCACUGAGAUUUUCAAAUCCUAUUGCCAAGUUUUCUGAAACACUGAUUGAGCGGAUGAAAGCCCAUAGUGCAGAUAAUGAUGGAAAAUAUAUCUCUGUGCAUCUCAGAUUUGAAAAGGAUAUGGUGGCCUUCUCAUGCUGUGUGUACGAUGGGGGUGAGAAGGAGAAGCUGGACAUGGAUGCUGCAAGGGAAAAGGGUUGGCAAGGGAAGUUUACCAGGCCUGGGCGUAUAAUAAGGCCUGGUUUAAUCAGACUAAGUGGGAAAUGUCCUCUCACUCCCUUGGAGGUUGGGUUGAUUCUUAGGGGCAUGGGAUUUAGUAACAGGACUUCUAUUUAUGUGGCAUCAGGGAAGAUCUAUGAGUCUGAGAGAACAAUGGCUCCCCUAAGAGAGAUGUUCCCACUUUUGCAGACAAAGGAGACUUUGGCAUCACCUGAAGAGCUUGCACCUUUUAAAAAGUAUUCCUCUAGAAUGGCAGCUGUCGAUUAUAGUGUUUGUCUUCACAGUGAAGUAUUUGUGACGACUCAAGGCGGAAAUUUUCCUCAUUUUCUAAUGGGUCAUAGGCGGUACUUGUCUGAUGGUCAUGCAAAGACUAUCAGGCCUGACAAGCGAAAACUGGCUUUAUUGCUGGAUAAUCCAAAUAUAGGAUGGAAGACAUUCAAGAAGCACAUGGCAAACAUGCGAUCACAUAGCGAUUCCAAAGGUGUGCAGACAAGAAGACCAAAUGAUUCGAUCUACAAUUUUCCUUGUCCUGAUUGCAUGUGCAGAUUGAACAGAUCAGAAGUUAUCCAUACAGCUAAUCCCUGAGCUUCUUCCCUGGGCGAUCUUGACAUCACCACACCUCUAACCUAUUCACGCCACCAACGGCCUAAUUUUGCUCCAUUCUUUUAUUUCGUUCUUAACAUGAGGCUCUCGGAGGCUCGGUUUACAGAUUUUGUUUGAGCACAUUGCUCCAUCUCAUUGAGCUUGGUAAGAAAGCAAGCCCGUUGUACAUGUCGGAAAAAAAAAUGAUAGGCACCACUUGGGUUUCCUGCAAGUCUGCCGGUGCCUGCAGUUGUAUCAUUUUUUGGACUGCAGCAGAAUGCCUCUGUUCGCAGCCUCAUUUUUUCUGCCUCUUGUAUGUGAUUUGAUCAAUCAUUGUAAAAAAAUGAAGUUUGUUUUAGAAAAUGUGUCUCCAUUUUUUUCA